GAAGACAUGGCGGCGUCUGCGUCGGCUGCUGCAGAAGAGGAGGACUGGGGCCUUCCCUCUGAAGUGGAGGUGUUACAGUCUAUCUAUCUGGAUGAACUACAGGUGGUUAAAGGAAGCAGCAGAUCUUCACCAUGGGAGAUCUCCAUCACCCUCCACCCAGCCACUGCUGAGGACCAUGAUUCCCAGUACGUCUGUUGCACGCUGCUGCUCCAGGUCCCUGCACAGUAUCCCCACGAGGUGCCGCUCAUCUCUAUCCGGAACCCUCGAGGACUCUCAGAUGAGCAGAUCCACAAGAUCUCCCAGACACUGAGCCACGUGGCCACUGAUGGCCUAGGCACUGCCAUGCUCUAUGAACUCAUCGAGAAAGGGAAGGAGAUUCUCACUGAUAACAACAUACCCCAUGGCCAGUGUGUUAUCUGCCUCUAUGGGUUCCAGGAGAAGGAGGCCUUCACGAAGACAUCAUGCUACCACUACUUCCACUGCCAUUGUCUGGCACGCUACAUCCAGCACAUGGAGCAGGAGCUGCAGUCUCAAGAACAAGAGUUGCAGCACAGCGCGGCCUCUGCCCUCAAACAGGUGGCCGUGCAGUGUCCCGUGUGCAGAGAGCCCCUUGUGUAUGACCUCGCAUUGCUGAAAGCGGCUCCUGAACCCCAACAACCCAUGGAACAGUACCAGCCCAGCGCUGAGAAUCUGCGCCAGCAGGAGGAGCGUAAGCGGCUGUAUCAACGGCAGCAGGAGCGUGGCGGCAUCAUUGACCUGGAGGCUGAGCGCAACCGCUAUUUCAUCCGACUCCAGCAGCCUCCUGCUUCCUUGGAGCAAGAUCCAGCUUCUGCCAGAGGAUCAGCACCACCCAGUGCCCUUACCACAGAACCAUCUGCCAUGCCCCUGGCCCAGCCCACCCUGCCGCCACCUCUGCCCAUGACUGCCCAAAACCCAUCUGAGAAGAUUCCAGGGCUUGGGCCACCUCAGCCACGGCUGGGUGUGUCCCUGAAAGCCGUGCCAGAGACCCCCCAGGCCAGCCGAGGCUCCUGGAGACAGCCAGAACCAAGACAUCUUAAGGGAGGGACAUGCCAUGUCCCCAAAGGGACCAGUGGCCCUCAUGAACUGCCUGCUCCCCAGGGGACCCCCAAGGAUCUAAAGCUGGAACCCCAGAGCCAAAGGGUUGAAGGGCCUCCCCGAGAGAGGGGACCUGGCACCUGGCAGGGUCCCCCACCCCGAAGGACUCGGGACAGUGCCCGCUGGGAGCGUUCCAAAGGCCGGAUGCCUGCAGCUUCUUACCCUCGCCUGCCUCGAGGCCGGGGCACCUACCAGCCUGGAUCCCGCAGGGACCCCCUGAGCCUGGAAUCCGAGGAUGGUUCCUAGCACUACUACUGGGGGGACGGGGACUUGGGUGGGAAAGGGACAAUAAAGAGAUUUGGCUUA